UCGACGCAAUGGCGAAGGCGAACAACGGUAGCAAGUACCUCAAUGCCCUCGCUCGAAAUACCAAUAGCAGCAGCAGCAGCAGCAGCAGCUAUCGCGUUCCUCUUAAGCUUGUAUGUGUGUCUCGGCUCUCAACCGCCAAGCACUUUCUAUUUCUUACCGUCCCUUGUCGGCGGUGUGAGUUAUAAAAGCGCAGCAGCACUCGGGCCGCGGCACACGCACACUCCAGACUUCGACGCAGGGGGGGCGGUGUGUACUGUACACACUCAGGGGAAGCACAUACCGGGACCAUACGGUAAGAACAGCACACCAAAUUCUCUCUGGCCCAGCAUCCAUCGUCAACUCCUUUUCCUCGUGUACCGUACUACGAGACUGCCAGCCCACUCUUGGGUUCUGGGCAGUCCAGGACGCGAAAUAACCAAAUCUAAUCUUCUCUCUGAGGAAUGUGAUGCCGUCGUUUCGUCGAGGGUUGCGGAGAGAUGUGAGAGAGUAGGAUAGCAAUACAGCCUGCAUCCACAAACUAUACUGCAACUGAUCUUGUAAUAACUGCCCUUGGCACAGUCACAAGCUGCAGGCACACAGGAGCAGGAGCCGCUCGCAAGCGUCGGAUACCAGCAUGAGCAUUUCAUCUCCCCCACACGAAUUGGCUCACAUGUCCCGUCCCCACCUUCGGAUAACUGAUAACCCUGCGUAUCCACCGUGUCGCGAGGCUCGGCAAGGGAUAACGGGUU